AUGAUUACAAAACUAGGCUAUCAGUAAUUAACAAUUAUUAUUGAUACUAAACAUAUAAUUGAAAUUCAAAAAGUUUGCUAUAUAUAUUAAUUAGAAUCAAAUAAUUCAAAAUCAAAUGAAUGGAUCAAUAAAGUUUUGACUCUAAAGUAUCAGUCUAAUUCAGGAUGGAAACAAAGAAUAUUUGAUACAGGAUUUAAUAGAUGAAUAGAUUCAAAAAUUAAGCAGCAAGGACCAAUUAAAGUUGGAAUUUAUCUAUAUUAUGGUAUUUUCUUUGGUUCUAAAUACUUUAUUAUCCAUAUUAUGUAAUUGGUAAAAUCUUAAAUUGAGCUUGAAGUAAUUUAAAUAUUGUAAGUAUUUUAAUAAUUAAUUAUUAGAAUUCUUUAAAAUGGAAAAUGCUAGAAGAUGAGUUAACUACGAGGUAGGGCAUUUUGA